AUGGUGUUCUUAGCAGAAUGUAAAAAUGAAAACGGCAAACAGGUAGCAGUAAAAUGUAUCGAAAAAAAAGCUUUAAAAGGAAAAGAAGAAGCUUUGGAGAAUGAAAUUCGAGUGCUUAGAAGAUUACAGCACCCGAACAUUAUUCAAUUAUAUGGUACCUAUGACGAAAAAGACUAUGUGUAUUUGGUUAUGGAACUUGUUACCGGCGGUGAACUGUUUGACAGAAUUGUUGCUAAGGGGUCGUUUACAGAGCAGGAUGCAUCAAAUUUGAUGAAGCAAGUUCUUGAAGCUGUCGCAUUUAUGCACCAAAAUGGUGUUGUUCAUCGAGAUCUGAAACCAGAGAAUCUGUUGUAUUAUAAUAAAGAUGAAGAUUCCAAAAUUAUGAUCUCGGACUUUGGUUUAUCAAAAACUGAAGAUUCUGGAGCUAUGGCUACAGCCUGUGGAACACCUGGAUAUGUAGCACCAGAGGUGCUACAACAAAAGCCUUACGGAAAAGCGGUGGACGUCUGGUCGAUUGGUGUUAUAGCAUAUAUUUUAUUAUGCGGGUAUCCACCGUUUUAUGAUGAAAAUGAUGCAAACCUAUUUGCGCAAAUUAUACGUGGCGAUUACGAGUUUGACUCACCAUACUGGGACGAAAUUUCUGACUCAGCCAAAGACUUCAUAUCCCAUUUGAUGUGUUGCGAUCCAGAACACAGAUAUACUUGUGAACAGGCAUUAGCACAUCCAUGGAUUAGUGGUAACACAGCCCGUGAUAAGGAUAUCCACUGUUUGGUUGCUCCACAUUUGAAAAAAAGUUUGGCGAAACGUCACUGGAAAAAAGCCUACAAUGCUACAGCAGCGAUCCGACAGUUGCAGAUGCUUCGUCUUUCAGCUUUAUCAAAUGCCGUAGCGUCAUCAAAUCGACAUAAACAUGAAACAGAAAAGGAUGAACAAACCAGUAAUGCAAAUUCAGAUUCUGUCGAAUAG